AUGUCGCCGUCCAGAGACGAGCCCUUGCCCGCCUCGUCGGACGAUCGAGAGACGCACUCUGACGGACAGCCUCCUGACGACCCGCUGCCGCCCGUGUCCGCCGAUCUGUCGUCCCUCGCGCGCGCUGUCAAGGCCCGCCGGGCAGAGUACAUUCGUCCACGAAAAAUCCGCAUCAAGGUUGGCACAUGGAAUGUCGCUGCCAUCCCCGGCACGGAAAAGGAUAUCGGGCACUGGUUUGUGGGAGGAAAGGGGUUGUCUCGACAGACGUCGAGUCUAGACUCUCAGAAGGACCAUCAAGGAGAAGAAGAACAGCGUCAAGACAGCAAGAAGGAGGAGGAGUCCGGACAGGAAAACCCUGAAGGGCUCGAUCCAGAGGAUGUAGGGAUCUACGUGCUGGGGUUGCAGGAAAUCGUCGACCUCUCCUCGCCCUCCGAGGCCUUUUUCAAACCCUACGCCAAUCCAGAGCCUUCCAAUCGUUGGAAAGAGGCCGUUCAGGAGGCUCUCCCUCCGGGCUAUCAGCUGGUUGCCGAAUCCCAGCUGGUAGGCCUGCUGCUGCUGGUGUAUGCAGCCCCUAAUGUCGCUCCCACCAUCUCGUCCGUCAGCUCGACCAGCGUGGGUACUGGGUUGUGGGGGUACCUGGGGAAUAAGGGUGCUGUCGUGACUCGCAUCGUCCUGGGCGAGACCACCCGCCUGGUCUUUGUCAACUGCCAUCUGGCGGCGGGCGCAGACAAGGGCAGCCUGGAGCGACGCAACUGGGAUGCCGCUCAGAUUGUCGAGCGCGCCCGGUUUGGCCCCAUCGACGCGGACGAUGAGAUCUACGGCGAGCCCAGCGACACCAUCGGCAAGGAGGAUUUUGCCUUUUGGUUUGGAGACCUCAACUACCGUCUCGAUGGCAUCCCCGGCGAGGACGUCCGUCGUCUGCUCAUGCUGCAUACCCAGAACGAGUACGAUCUAUCUCACAAGUCCACCAUAACGACCAGGAGUGAUAUUGAUGCUUGGGAUAGUUCUGAUCUGUCCUCCACGGAGGGGGCGCAGGAUAGAAGAAAGUCUACGUCUACUAUACCGGGGCCCAUAACGUUGAUCGACAACGUGGACCCCCAAUCCGACCCAACAUCACUACAGACUACGCUGUCAUCGCUGCUGCCGCACGACCAGCUGCGCAUCCAGCAGCGGGAGAAAAAGGCCUUCCACGACGGCUGGAGGGAAGGAGAAAUACGGUUUUUGCCCACGUACAAGUACGACGUGGGGAGUGUUGCCAUGUUUGAUUCCAGUGAAAAGCAGAGAGGGCCCAGCUGGUGUGAUCGGAUCCUGUAUCGCUCCAAGCAGGACCUGCUGAACUACGAACGACAGGCCAGAGAAGCCGAGGAGGCCCGCAAGAGGGACGAAGAGAUGAAGGCCCGUGGCCUGGACAAGGCCGCGGAAGACGAUAGCGUGCUAUUUGAGUAUGACCCGGAGGUCGACGGCGCGGACGAUGCGGACGAUCAUCAUGAAGACGAUACCGCCUCACGAGGCUCCGCGCCGUCGGAGGAGCGAGCAGAUUUCGACGAUCCGAUCAAACUGACUCAUUACACAUCACACCAAGGCAUCUUGUCCUCGGACCAUAAACCGCUGGACGCCAUCUUUACGCUGACCUACAACGCCGUCAUCCCCGAACUCAAGGCCAAGGUGCACCAGGAAGUGGUUCGGGAAUUGGACAAAGCCGAGAACGAGGCUCGACCGGGUCUGACGGUGGUGGUCGACCAUCAUGACGAUGACGAGGGCAAAUCCGACGCGGCCCGCGAUCCCAACGCAAUAUAUUUUGGAGGCAUUCCUUUUGACGUUCCGAUCAGUCGAAAUCUGACGAUUGCGAACACCGGCGGGGUUCCCGCGACUUUCUACUUUUCUUCAAAACCCAAAGGAGAUCAACCGGAGGGGGCCACCCCUCCCUGGCUGGAUAUCCGGGUGGAUUGGCCGGCUAACGAGAAGGGGCCGGAGGAGAAGAAGCGCGGUGGUCCGGAUGAGUAUACUCUGGCGCCGGGCGACUCGGUCGCGGUCGAGGUCACCGCGUGCGUCAAGGAUAUCGAGCAUGUUCGCCUGCUCAACGCUGGCAAGGCUAAGAUUGAAGACAUAUUGGUGCUGAGUGUCACGAGCGGCCGGGACCACUUCAUUCCGGUGUAUGGGAAGUGGCUCGCGUCCUGCUUUGGCCGUUCGCUGGAGGAGCUCACCCGGAUUCCCGAGAGUGGUGUUCGCAGCAUUGGGUUGAUGUCGUCUGAAGAGACACUGCGAAUGGAAGAGAACGUGCGCCUAUCCGCACCGCGAGAGCUCUUCCGGCUGACGGAGGCGAUCUCGGAUAUGGCCGAACGAGCAGUGGCCGAGUGGAGCAUGACGAAGGGAGGAGAGUCGGACGGCGAAACGCCGCCAUGGGCAUCCGAGCCUCACGGACUGGGCUGGCCAUUCAGCCCGGAGACAUGGACGCUUCGGGACGCAGCCUCGCGCACACCGCUGCUGUAUAGCGUCCGGGAGGCGCUCGACACGGGUCGCGCACUGAACACGAUCUUCGCGCCUGAGGUGCCGUCGCUGCACCGGCUAGAGAUUCUGUCGGAGACGCUGGUCUCGUUCCUGCGGUCCCUGGAGGACGGGAUCAUUCGGGCUGCGGUGUGGCGGGACAUGGAGCAGCAGCUGAUCGCGCAAGAAAAGGCCAAGAGCCUCUGGCGGUCUCCGGAGGACAUGCAGGCGUGGGUGCUGGACACUCUGGCCUCGUCGCCCGUGCACAGCGUCUCGUUCACCUUCCUGACGUUCAUGCUGAACCAGAUCAUCAACGAGGUCGCUCCGUCGUCGCGUCCUCCAGCGCGGCCUUCUCCGCCAGCGAGGUCCCCGACGACGCCAGCAACACCGUCAGAGUCGAGGUCCUCCACGGACACUCCCUCAGGCAUGUCCUCGCCAGCGCGUCUCUACCGGUCACGAACAUGGGGGUCAUCAAGCGGGUCGACAGAGACAGUAACCGAUCCGACAGAGCUGCGCCGCCAAGCUGUAGAGACGACGCUAGCGACGAUAUUCUCCGACGUGAUGAUAUCGACGGCUGUGCCGGCGCCGACGAAGGACAAGGAGAGACGGGCGUGGGAGGAGAGGAAGCGGAUGGUGGUGCAGGCGUUUCUGCAGCCCAGCAGCAGGCGGGAGGAGCAGCACUGA